AAGGAAGACGAUUGUAAUCGAGCAAAAAUAACUGUUUCACACGUGGAGUCGUUAGAGCACUGCGGCUACGACUCUACCGCUCGAUUCGUUAACCAUCGAGAAAUCCGAAAGGCGUCGAAUGAAUCACAAGGGGAGAUGAUCAACAAGAAGAAACUGCUAUGCAGCACGUGUCGGGCGGCUGUCGUCUGAAACGCGUCUAUCCCUAACGAAACAACUACGCGAGCAAGUAAUAACGAAACUGACAACUUCGUUCCUCUUUAUCCUGUCACGUGGCAUGCUUUUGAUUUUCAACGACUAUCCCUGGUCGGAUGGUAAACGACGUUUUCACAAUAGAUUUCGUUAAGCGGAUCGUGAAACGCGUUUUCGAUUCUACUAGUAAACCGAGUCGAUACCAGACACUCGAACGAUACAUGUAUACAUGGGUAUAUGUAAUUGCUGGAAUCGGAAAGGAUAGUAAUAUCGAAUCGCGUCGGGUCAGCGAUCGCCGACUAUAAUCUUGACCUCUAUCCCUUCUUAGCAUUCCAUCGUGCCUUCCUAUUAAUUUAUCCGAAACGGACCGUAGGCAAUCGUGGAACCGACUUUAUCCGCGAAAACGGAAACGAAAGCGUUUCGUUACCGAUUACGCGAACAUCGGCGCGAUACGAGUUACGAUCUUCUAAUAUCCGUUGAAACGCGCAUUCUUUUAAAAGAUCGCCACCCGAAACGACUAAACCAGAAGCUCUCGUUAACUUUACCGUUUAUCUUUUUUCUUUUUUUUUUUACGACGCUACCGAAAUACUUUCGUGACGAUGCGCAGUACGGUCCGAGCGUUAUAACAAGAAUUUCGCGUGUCUUAAAUUUUCAUCGCGACCAUGCGCAACGAACUCCCGUCCGGCGUCGUUACGCAAGAAACUUCGAAAUUACGCUUCUUCCCGCGGCCACGCGUUCGUUAAAUUUACGAUCAGUUCGUUAACCCAGCUAACCGAGCCGCUGGAGGCGGCCAAGCUCGCUGGUAAUUUUGCAAUUAGUUGCACCGUUCCUCCCUGCGUACCCGAACCCUUUCCAACCCCUUUUCAACCCCUUCUAUCGGCACCCGUAUCGCCCUCCGCUGCUCAUGCUCUCGAAAAAGAUUACGCGAAUCGUUGAUAAUCGAGAAAAGAGCGUUUUAAGACCGCUGCCGACUACGAUACGAUUAAUAAACGCUGAUAACUCGUCGCGUUAUUAUAUCCGAAGGAUAUCGUUCAACAAAUCGGCCAACGCGGAUACCGUAAGGAACAAGAAUCGGCCGAGAACCGGGGAGAAAGAGAGAAGGAGAAAAAACGUAAGAAAAGUAGGCGCGAUAUCAGGAAAACUAGUGGGUAGAACGAAAGAUGGAAGGGGAUCGAACAUCGUACUCGACGUCGAACAGAAACUGGCAGGGUGGAAGUUAUCGGAGUCGUGCCGGAAGAAGGAGAAAACGAAGACGGAAACCGUGGGGAGAGAGGAUAGCCGACUGGACCAGAGCUCUGAUAGCCUUCCUCUUCAGCAACGUCGGUAUAGUGUGCCUGGUGGUUGGAUAUACUAUAGCCGGUGCCUUCCUUUUCACCCACAUCGAGAGUAGAAACAGCCUGGACAUCACCGGGGACGUGAUCAGGCUGAGAAACGUGACAGCUGCCACCCUCUGGGAGCUUACAUCCAAGGAGAACGUGUUCUCCGAGAGAAUCUGGAAGGCGAAAGUGCGAACGAUCCUGGAGAGCUACCAGAAGAAACUGGUAACGGCUAUAAAGAACGGUUACGACGGAUCGGAGGAAAACAAAAGAUGGAGCUUCGCCGGUGCUUUUCUCUACUCCCUCACGGUAAUCACUACGAUCGGUUACGGAAAUAUUUGUCCAAAGACGAAAUGGGGCAAGGUGGUAACCAUAGUGUACGCCAUAAUAGGCUUACCGCUCUUUUUACUUUAUCUGAGCAACAUCGGUGACAUCCUCGCGAAGAGUUUCAAAUGGACGUAUGCUCGUUGCUGUCUGUGCAAGUGUCGCAGAAGACCGCGCGAAUUCGCGAUCGGAUCUCGACCCGUGGACGCCGACAUCGGAAGAAAUCGUUGCCAGAUGAUUGACAGGAAUGGUAGGGAGAUCGAUUCGUUCGACGCGGACAACAUCUCGUUGGAAAACGAGAGGAUGAAAGAGGCUGGUAGAAACGACGAGGACGACGACGACGACGACGACGACGACGACAGUAGUGAUUAUGAUCCGCAACGUGUCACGGUGCCCCUAACCCUUUGCGUGGCAAUAAUGGUUGGAUACAUCUGGGGCGGUGCAAUUCUGUUCUCCGAAUGGGAAGACUGGAACAUGUUGGAUGGUUCUUAUUUCUGCUUCGUCUCCUUGUCGACCAUAGGUUUCGGCGACAUCGUACCAGGCGACAAAAUCUAUGCUGCUCAGGGUUUCGAUUUAUCCUUCAUCUUCUGCUCCAUGUACUUGAUGCUCGGUAUGGCGUUGAUCGCGAUGUGCUUCAACCUAAUGCAAGAGGAGGUGAUAGCGAAGGUACGCGCACUCGUGCGUACCAUUAAAUACAUGUUUCGAUGCGACAGGUGACCAAACUCCACCGUCGGCCAUCUUCUACGUCUUCCAAGAUGUUUCGCUUGCCAGCGCACCAGAUGGACGAGGCUCGAGGGAGAAUAGUAGAACGAUAGGAGGCGAUCGGUUGCGGCUGCAGCUGCGGCGUCGG